AUGAAGAGAUCAACUGCCAGUGCUCCGAGCAUCUCGCCUAGACACGGUAAGACAUUUGGUCUCUGAAGAUUAUAAAUUAUUUGAUCCGUUUAGAAGAUGAAAAUGAUGUGAAGAAAGUGAAAUUGGAAGACGUCAAAGAGUCAAUUGCUCCGACUGGUCGUCAAAUCAUCGAGCAGUAUCUUAAGGGAGAUGUGGCGGCUUCGAUGACAUACAGAAAGAUUUGCAAUGCGUUGGAAACUUUUGAACAAUGGGAGUCGGAAGUGCCAAAACUCCAACUCCUUGAACAGUUCUUGACUAUCGCAGAUGCUAUGGAAUCCAGAACAGAGACACUCAUCAAAAAGCUUCUGGUUAGUCAUUGAUGCAUUCGAUUCCUUUAAACCUGAAAGCUUACAGAAGCUUCGGUGGGAUACGAUUCCUUCGUCAGCUCUGGAAAAAUUCCGAAAUUUCCUUUGCGAACUUGCCAUUCGUCACCUUUGUUUCACGGAAGACGUUUAUUUCGCAGUCAUCGAACGACUCGUCCCUAUGACUUCGGUCCAUCCAGAAACUGGCGUCGUGACCUUGAUUCUCACGGAACAAGAACAGAAGAAACAUUACGAUAUGGCUCAUCACAUCAUCUCCAGCAUUGUUCGCUGUUUUCCACUGUAAGGACUAUUUCGGAACUGUGCUGAUACUAGGUUAUCCAAUUGCAGAUCCUCGAAGACAGUGUUGAAAUGCGUGAAACGCUCGAUGCCUCACUUCACUCGUCCGCCUGUUACUGUUGCCGGAUACAUGAGAAACCUCAUUUUGAUGCAGAAAUACGUUCCAGCGAGCAUCGCGAAAGAUAUCUGGGAAUGCAUGUUUGAGAGACUCACAAAAGACGACGUGAGACUUCUGAAACACAGAAACCCUGUAUGAACAAGUUCCUUUCAGGCGCAUAAUUGGCAAUGCGAAAAGAGCGAAGAAGACAACAAAAGCCCACGCCUAUUCGCUCUCAAUGAUGAGACGCUGAUCCAAGAUGUCGAGAACGCAGUCUAUGAAUCGGAGAAAGUCACUCCUGAGCAGUUGGAGCAAAAGAAAGCAGACCAGAUGAUUGCGUAUUUGGAUUCUGUCUGCACUGACAUCAUUACGUACAUCGGGAGCGAAGAAAAUAUUGAAAAAAAUGAAGACGUCGACAGCUCAUGGCUCCGUUCGUUCAAAAUCACUGACGAUAAGGCGCUUCAGCCAGAAAAACUGUUCGACACCUUCCUCGAGUGCCUCGAAUCUACCAUGCUCAAUGCAACACACGUCCAAUACGUCUCUUUCAUCUGGCUCUAUUUCUGUUCUUUGAGGGCAGAGUACGAAGAAAGGAUUCUGGAGCACUUGUGGCAAAUGACAACGAGAAUGCCGCGAGCUCCAGCCGAUGCGAGAAAGAGUCAAGGAGCAGCCGCUUAUCUGGCGGCCUUCCUGGCGAGGGCGAAGUAUAUCAAGAAAGAGUGAGUUCUUGGAUUCGUCACAGAGAUAAGAACGAACUAAUUCAGAAGUGCAUUCACAUGGCUGGAGGAGAUAUACGCGUGGCUUCGUCACUACGUUGAUCAGUUCGCUUCUGGCAGCUCACAAAUUCUUCCCGGGCUGCAAAGACACGGCACAUUCUACGCAGUCGCACAGGCAUUUUUCCUUGUGUUCGCAUUCAGAUACAAAGACUUUGUUAGAAAUCAAGGUAUUCCAUCGUUAUACGACGCUCGAAGAAACUGAAAAAUGUUGUAGAAAAGUUGGAAACGAUUCGUCGUUGGGGAAUCGGGCGAGUGGUACAUUCACCCCUGGAUCCGCUUCGUUUCGUUGCAAAACCAGUUGCCAGAUGUUUCUCUGCCAUUACAAGGUGAGUAAUCGGUCAAAGUCCGGGAAAUGCCCAAUAUUUACAGGUCUCUCCAAUUGGUUUAUUGUAAUCACAUCAUUCCGAUCGAAGAGGUGCAGAGACCGUUCGAUGACAUGUUCCCCUUCGACAGUUAUCAUCUCAAAGUGUAAGUCGCUUCUUCAGUUCGUCUGUCUUCAUGGUUCUUUUUCAGAAGCAGUCAGUUCGUAGUCCCUCUGAUGAGGAAGUUCUCUCCGUUGGCGGAAGACCUUUCCACUCUGACGAAGGCGCUUUGCUGGAAUGCAGUUGCCUCCGAAAAGCCGGAAAAGUCAUCCGAAGCCGUAUCCAGCACUGACAGUGGCCUGGACUUCCUGGACGAAGAAGAUGUUCCGUUGACUUCAGGUACGCGAAUCCCUUCUCGAAAACCGUGUGCUCACAUGCGCUUUUUCAGGACUCCGCGAGCGUACCCUUUCCUGCGGACAGACCUCUCUGAUCAACUACUCGGCCACUCCAGGACUCAAAACUUUCAAUGCUUGA